UGCUCUUCAGUAAGAAGCACCGUAAGAAAAUAAAAUGGGCAUCGAAAGCUUUCUGGCAGGAGGUUUGACUUCAGCAUCAACUAGCGGACUUUCAUUGUUCUUUCCGAUUCUUGCUGCGUCGCUCGCCUAUUUUCAUUAUGAAGUUUUGGAUAAUGAAGCACCACCAAUUGAUGUACCGUUAGAGAUGCUAUUACCCUCGUACCACUUCAUAGUAAUAGGCGGUGGUAGUGCAGGAGCUGUAGUUGCUAGCCGUCUGUCUGAAAUUGAAGAUUGGAACGUAUUGUUGCUAGAAGCAGGCGGUGACGAACCUGAGGUCUCGGACGUACCUCUUUUCGCUGGAUAUCUUCAACUCAGUCAGCUGGAUUGGCAAUACAAGACUGAGCCACAGGGUGAUGCUUGCUUAGCAAUGGAGAACGGCCGUUGCAAUUGGCCUCGAGGUAAGGUUCUUGGGGGCUCCAGCGUGCUUAAUUAUAUGCUCUAUUUAAGAGGCAACAAACGAGAUUACGACAUUUGGGAGCAACAAGGUAAUCCUGGCUGGGGUUCACGUGAUGUCCUGCAUUACUUCAAGAAAUCCGAGGAUAACCAGAAUCCUUACUUGAUUCGCACGCCGUAUCACGCGAGCGGCGGAUACUUGACGGUGCAGGAGGCACCGUGGCACACACCCUUAGCGGCGGCCUUCGUCGAGGCUGGUCAAGAAAUGGGAUACGAAAAUCGCGAUAUCAAUGGCGAAUUUCAAACCGGCUUUAUGAUCGCCCAGGGCACUAUUAGACGCGGCAGUCGUUGCUCUAGUGCAAAGGCUUUUCUUAGGCCAGUCAGACUCAGGAAGAAUCUGCACAUAGCAAUGCACGCGCACGCGACCAAAGUGCUGGUGCAUCCCAAAUCAAAGCAUACCUACGGAGUAGAAUUCGUUAGGGACGGCAAGGUCUUUCGUGUGCGCGCAAAGAAAGAAGUGAUUGUAUCAAGCGGGGCCAUAAAUUCGCCGCACCUACUUUUGCUAUCAGGAAUUGGGCCGAAGGAACAUUUGCGAGAGCUCGGUAUUCCUGUGAUUCAAGAUAGCAAGGUAGGCAGCAAUUUACAGGAUCAUAUUGGCUUGGGUGGACUCACAUUCAUGGUUAAUCAAGAGAUUUCUAUAGUGGAAAAACGGCUCCAGAGUAUCCAGACGGUAAUGCAAUACGCUGUGAUGGGCGAUGGACCUUUGACGGUGCUUGGAGGUGUUGAGGGCGUCGCCUUUGUCAACACCAAAUAUGCAAACGCUUCGCUAGACUUUCCCGACAUCGAGCUGCAUUUCAUUUCCGGUUCGACGAAUUCGGAUGGCGGUAAGCAACUGAGGAAAGUGCAUGGACUAACGAAGAAGUUCUAUGACGCCGUUUUCAGACCGAUCAACAACAAGGACACAUGGAGCGUGAUUCCUAUGUUGCUACGACCAAAAAGUCGCGGUGUAAUCAAAUUGCGCAGUAAAAACCCGUUCGAUUAUCCUCUCAUUUAUCCGAAUUACUUCAAGGAAGCAGAGGACAUCGCUACAUUAAUAGAGGGAGUGAAGAUCAGUGUGGCUCUGAGCAGGACCAAUGCCUUCAAGCGAUUUGGAAGCGAGCUUAACUCGCAACAGUUUCCAGGGUGCGAACACAUAUCCAUGUACACUGAUCCUUACUGGGAAUGCAUGAUCAGGUACUAUAGUUCCACCAUCUACCAUCCGGUUGGAACGUGCAGGAUGGGGCCUUACUGGGAUCCCGAGGCUGUAGUCGAUCCGCAGCUUAGAGUCUAUGGCGUAACUGGAUUGCGCGUGAUUGAUGCUUCAAUCAUGCCAAAUCUCGUAAGUGGAAAUACGAAUGCGCCAGCAAUUAUGAUAGGCGAGAAAGGCGCAGAAAUGAUUAAGGAAUAUUGGUUGAAAUUUCCGAGGAACAGAUAGUUAGCGAAUAAUAAGACGAACCUGUACGCUUAUCUUCAUGACGAUGAGUAACGACAAUAUGUGAUAAUACGAGAACACUAGUGCUCGACGCGAAGACUUAAAAAAAGAAUUGAAAACUCUGGAUU